AGCGAUGAAAAUUCAAACAAAAGUAUUUGGACCUGACCAUGUUAAUAUUGCGACAACGUACAACAAUCUGGGUUUGGUGUAUAGAGAUAUGAGAGAUUACAAAAAAGCAAAAGAUUUUUAUGAACAAGCGAUGGAAAUUGAAACAAAAGCAUUUGGACCUGACCAUGUUAAUAUUGCGACAACAUACAACAAUCGGGGUUUGGUUUACAGUAAUAUGGGAGAGUACGAAAAAGCAAAAGAUUUUUAUGAACGAGCAAUGAAAAUUUUAACCAAUUUAAUUGGUGCUGAUGAGAAAAACAUGCAAUUUUCCAUAAAAGCAACGAAAGAUUUAGAUCUCACAGUUGAUACCGUGAAGAAGCAUUAUGUACCUCCCAUAGAUGAUGUAAAGAACAAUGAUGAUUUCUUUAUCAAAAAUUUUCUUAACGAACAUAACGAUAUUCGAGAUGAGAUUAUUGACAAAUUAAAGAGUUUUUCUUGGAUUUGUGGUGGAUAUGGUGUACGGUGGAAGCCUCGUCUUUCUUUGUUUGUGACUGUAGCAGCAGAAAGACAAAAUGAUGAAGAUGCAUUAAGAAAAGAAAUUGAUGAAACUUUUGGAUGGAAAGCUUCUCAUUACUUUGACUUUAUACCGGAACCACAAGAGCAAUCGCAAUUUCGUUGGUCACCAGACAUAGAAGUCAUAAAAAGGGAGAAAGGUCCAAAUCCCACGAGAGGAAAUAUUGAAGAUGAAUGUGAAACAAAGGCAAAAGGUCUUCCUGAUCACUAUGCCAGUUUUAAAGACGAUUCUAACGAAGAAAGUUCCAUCGAUGUUAACCCUGGUUAUAGUACGUCAAAGAAGUACUCUCGUCAUAAAUCCAAUGAUGAUCGUUUAUUUGAAGAAAUGUUUCUUGAUAAAAGAUUUGCCAUUCGAAAAGAUGUGCGUAUGAAGCUCAAAAGUUUACCUUGGAUGCGGGGAGAGUAUGGAAAAGUCGGUCCAAACGAGAAGAUACCAUAUUUCCAUUUGUUUAUCACAGUUGAUUAUGAUAAUGGAGAUUUUGAUGAAGAUAUAUUGAAAAAUGAAAUAAAUAAGAAUUUUGAACCUUAUGCUUUGAGGUAUUUUGAAUUUCGUCCGAAACCAUCCACGACACCGAAGCUUCAACUGCUAUCAAAGAUUGAAGUAGGAAGUAACAAUGGGACAGUUUCAAGAGGCACAUUAACAAUGUUCUGUUGUCACAACGGGAUACAUUACGCGUUGACAUGUUGCCAUGUUUGUUACAAUGGAGAUGGUGUUGACACAUUGUAUGAAAUGCAAAAUCAGAACAAAAAUGACCCAAACAAAUUCAAAUUACAUUUGAAUACAAAUCAAUACAACUACACGUCGCCUCCAAGUCCAUUAGGGCAUUUCAACAGCUAUAAUUUAGAAAAGAAUACGGACAUUUUGUCAAUAGAAGUCAAUGGAAAUUUUUUCGAAACAGUGGAUUGUAGACGAAGAGGAAUACAAAACCCAACUUGGAAUGGUGUAUGGGAGGAGCUGCACGAACGAGUUAACAUAGCACGUGAGCUAGUUGAAGUGAAAAAAUAUGACAAUAGGCGUUUGAAAGGAGAAAUUGUUAAUGAUUCUUAUUUCUGUCAUGAUCCUGAAAACAGGAUUGAUAUUGAUGAUGCUGUUUUGGUGCAGUGUGAUGAAACUUUCCUUGAAAAGGGUGAGUCAGGUGUGCUGGUAUAUUUCCAUGAUGAAGAUGGUAGAAGAAUUCCUUUUUGUUAUGGUGUUGGUGCGUAUUAUUACGAAAAGAUCUGCAACCCUGAGUAUGAGUACUGUUUAUGUUUCAAACUAGAUAUAGCUUUGGAAAAUUUAUUUGGUGAAGAGAACUGUGGCUGUUUCCAUGAGUGUGCGAAUGAUGUUUGAUUGUAGCUAAAACAUCUUCUCAUUUUUAAUUAUAUUUCAUUUAAUUAUAUAGCUAUCUAUAGCAUGCUACAUGGUAGACUGCAGUUCAUAUUAAAAGAAGUAUUAAAUAUCUCCUGAAUGAUUGAAAUCUAAAACAAAUCAUUGAGUACUGGUUCAUGUUAUAAAGCUAUCAUUACCUAAGACUCUCACGGUGGUAAUAGGCGACAAAGGAACACCUUAGAGAGAAAAUUCGCUCAUUUCUCCGUUUUAAAAAUCCUUUUGAAAGUUGAAACCAAUGACGUUUUUGUUUGAAGCCAAAAACUUGAUGUUCAUUGGAUAAAGGCAAAUCACUCAAAAUUAUUCCUCACUGUAUAGCCACCAAGAACCGUAUUUUGUGCAUUAAUUCAUGCAAAUAUUAUUUUCCAACAAUCAUGUCUAAAAACAUUAAAAAUUAACUAGACAAAGAUAUCCACAAUUGCAAUCGUUUGAAAUUCAAGAUUACAAAAGUAUGUAAAGAAUAAAAACACAAAUGCAAAUCCUGUUUUUUGGAUGAAUUUGGACGCAUUACGAGGCUAUGCUGAAGCAACAAAGCGAUACAGAGUAACAGAGUUCGACUUCCGAAUUUUCACUAGAAACUACACAAUGCAAGUUUUUUAAAAAGCUAUAUAAAUAUUUUAAUUGCAUGAAUAAAAACGGGCUGGCUUCAUUUUAGUUUCUUUUAACGUUUGUAAUAUUUUGAAAACAAACAUAGAAUGCUGUUAUAUAGUUGUAAAGUGAGACACAUUUCGUGAGCUUUCUUUUCCUAUGCAACACUGGCAAAUAAAACUUCAAUAUUGCAAAGAAA